UCUGUGGAUUCCGACGCUCGGUGCGGGCCGUGAAGGCAGCAGCGGCGGAGGAGCUCGCGGAGCGGUGAGACCGAAAAAACCCCACUUUAGUUGAAACUUUAAAUGAAGGGAGAGCAGCCUGGCGGUGAGACAGCAGAGAGACAGACAGGUGAGGACAGAGACAACCGGACUGCAGCGGCGCAGCACGGAGGAAGACUCAGUUUGCCGCUGAGAGCUCCGGAUUGGAGGGAAACAUGUCCUCUGCUGCAGGGAACUAACACGUGGCUCAAAGGUCUCUAAUGUUGCUUAAAGGUUGUUGGAAACGUUCUGUCUGAUUGAUGACCGCUGAUGACUCAUUAACAAAACAACAGCUUCAUUAACCUCAGAUGAGUUAAUGAGCUGCAGUCAGCAGUCUGAUUGGAGCUGAUUAGUGACUGAACAACAUGAACCCAUAGGCCACGCCCACAGACUACAGGACUCAUUGUCAUUGGUCGUGGUAGCCAAGGGGGCAGUCCUAAAUCUGAAUCAGAGAUGGACGAGAUGCGAUUGGACGAGCUGUGUCUAGGGGCGGGGCUUGAGGUGGAAGCAGAUGUAAGAGGACGUCCUGAGGUGGAAGAUAAGGACCUCCAUCCACCCUGUGAACCUCAAGAAACUCCAAACAAGAGGGAUGUUAGCAACAAUGAAGCGGUUACCAUGGAAACCAGGAUGGCGGCGGAACCAACGAAGAAGAAAGAAGAGGAGAGAUGGAGGGAGCUGUACCCUGAAAUAAAGAAGUGUGUGAUCGUGAUCACUCGUCAGAGACUUGACAGACUGGACGUGUUGAAGUUGAAACAAGAAAAAGAUGGAGAGAGAAGAGGAGGGGGGAGGUCAGGUGACCCAGAGCCAAGCUCUGAUUGGAUGGAGCCGUUGGAGCUGGAUGACAGCGGUGGUGGCAGGAGAUUCAGGAGAUUUGUGAAAAAGGUGGAUGUCAAAGUUCAGGCGAACCACGCCCCUGCCAACAGCACCAGGAGAACCCGCGGCAGGCCCAGGAGGUCCGGUCUGCUGAGGCUAAGACAGAGUCAGAGUCCUGAUGUCACCGCUGACCCCGCCCACCACUGCUGCAGCCUCCAGUCCACGGGUCAGAUGGAGCGCUGGAGACGAAUCAGACGCAACGACAAAGAAAUCAACAACAACAUCAGCCAGUCAGACGCGGAUCACAACUACAGUCUCACCUCCAAAGGGCCUGACACACCUGACGCUGCGGGAGAUACACCCAACAGCCAAUCACAAGAUGUCAGGCUGUCGUCCUGCUGCGGACACAAAAACGGAGACUCCUGCAGCAGCUCGACAGAGAAGAAGAAUCGACACACUAUAGUUUUCAGAAAGGUCGGGGGGGAUCAGUGGGUUCUGAGGAGGUCGGCAGACAAAGAAGAAGAAGAAGAAGAAGAAGAAGGGAAAGAGGAGGAGCAGGAGGACGGAGACAUCAGCAUCAACACUGAACCGAUGAAGAUGAAGACGAAGAGGAAGGAAAACCCACCAACGUACACACCGACACCGAGUCCACGGCUGAAGCGUCGGACGGCCUGUAAGCAGUGUGCAGCCUGUCUCAGAGAGGAUUGUGGGAAGUGCAUUUACUGCCGGGAUAUGAGGAAGUUUGGAGGUCCGGGGACGAAGAGGCAGAAGUGUCGGUUCAGAGUUUGUCUGGUGGUGAUGACCAGGAAAACCUUCAGACCCCAACCGCCGGAGGCCGAAGAGGAGACGGUUACCACGGAAACCACGAGAAUCAUGGCAACUCAACCACGACAACAUCAGCGGAGGAGACGGACGGGUGAGAAGAAGGAGGAGGUGAAGAAGAGGAGGAGGAGGAGCUGGGGACGAAGGACAGCGAAGCGAGAGUCAGAGGAUCACAGCUGGACCCAACCACUGACGGAGGAGGAAGAGGAGGAGGAGGAGCCAAAGAAGGAGACACACCCGCCUCAGUUUCCUCUGUUUGCACUGGUCAGCGGAGCCGGGACACACAUACAGCUGAACUUGACUGUGGACAGCAGCCAUUUUACUCCCAGCAUGCUCUCUGCCUCCACCCUCGGCGUCAGCAGCCUGUCGGGACGGCUGCCUCCGGAGGAGUCUGUCCUCCGUGUGUCAGGCCUCACCUACAUCCCUCCACCUCCUCCUCCCCUCCAUCCUCUGCUCCUCCAGCCCAAAGAGGAGGAGGAAGCAGUGGAGAUCAGGAGGAAGAGAGCGGAGGAUGGAGGGACGGCGGGGGAGACGGCGGGACGGGCGGAGCAGGUGGAGGCGUGCAGCGAAGGAGUGACGGACAGAGGAAUGUACUACGAGAUAGAGGUGGAGGUGCCGGGCUCCGACUCGGACGAGGAGACGCCGACGGAGUCGUCGACUCCUUCUGAGGUCGCAGAAGUCGCUGAUGAUGUCGUGGUGUCAGACCCCGCCUACGAACCCCCGGAGUUCAUUUCAUUGAGUUCGGGGUCGGUCGGCCUCUUAGGCGGCGGGGUCAGCGAUGAGGUCACGCGUGGGCGGAGCUUGUCGUGGCUGCUCCGUGCGUUGAGGAGGACGGUGCUGCCGGCUCAUUGGGUGGCUGUUCUGACUGAUGGACCUCUGCUGCAGCUGCUGCAGUGCUCCAGGCUGUCCUCCAUGGCCGACACCAUCGUCCACGUCCGGCCCGAUCGCUGCGUCUACGUCACUGUACGGAGCAGGCGGCUGCCAGACACACACGCUCUGUACCGCGCACACACACAGAGGAUCACACGGCUCAGCCAGCUGGUGUCUCUGCUGCUGGAGCUGGAGCGGCUCAUCGUCUGUCGGGGGUCCAGGGUUCGAUCCCCCGCCUGUCGCCUGCAGGUACGAUCGCCUACCUGCCACCUGCUGGUUGCCCCGCCCUGCCUCACCUGCCUGCCCUGCCUGCUGCGGGAGGAGGAGGAGGAGGAGGAGGAAGGAACAGAGGUGGAGGAAGAUGGGGAUGAAGGUGGGGGAGAAGUGAGAGAGGAUGAACUGUCAGUGUCGCUCAGCCCUUCUCUCCUCUGACCUCUGACCUCUGACCUUUGACCUCUGACCUGGACUCCAGAGGUCACAGGUUUGUUGCAGCUUGUUACAGAUUCAAAGUUUUUAUACUUUUAGAAACAAAAAGUGCCUCCAUUUUUUACCUGAGUGCUGCUGGAGGAACAAAAACUCAGACUGACGUAGUCACCUGACAGGAAGUCACCUGACAGGAAGUCACCUGAGCAGGUAAAGACAAACAAAAACCAAUCCCACAGCCAUUUAAGCCGCUCUACUUCAGACUUUAAUGUAGAAAGUUAAAGGUGCUUCACCUGUGAAUCUGCAGUGUAAACAGGAAGUGAUGUCACAGAAACAUUAACCUCACACACACACACACACACACACACACACUCUCAGCAUGGUCUGACUUCAGUAACGGUGGGCGUUCCCCUGCUGUUUUUAACCAAUCAGCAAACAGAUUGUUCCUGUCACAUCUAAUGUUUUUUUUUCGUACCAACUUUAUUUCUGUUAACAUGCUAACAAACAUUAGCACGCUGAUGGUCAUAUUAACAUACAAUAUUUAACCCCAGAAUAUAAAUAUAAGACUGCGGUAAGCUCAGUAACCAAACAUUAAUGGUAUUUAAAAUAAUAUUAUGCUUAAAUAUUGUAACGCUUUAGCAGAGGAAUAUGUGAAACGUUAACCGACGCUAUAAAAUAACGACUCAGCGAUCGGAUGUGGAACCACCUGCGUCUGUUUAAUGUAACUGUAAUAAUAAAGCUAAUAAUAAAUAUUUCACCCGAUCUUCUGGAAAACCAAAGUAUGCAGACGCCCUAACAAACAUUAACGUUGCUAUAAAAUUAAGCAUUAACGUAUUUCACGUUAGUAGUUUUUCAAUAUGCUAACAAACAUUUCACCAGACUGCAGUUUCAGGGUCUGAAGCAUGUUGAUACUUGUUUUAAACUCAAUUAAAACAAAAAAAAAAUGUAAACGAACGCCAUAUUUGAUAUUUUUGAAAGUUAUUUAUGAAGGAUAUAUGCUGACGCUGCAGACAGUGAACUGCUGCACAGCUGUCUGCCUCCAGAUGUUGUAGACCCCCUUUGUUCGGGUGUAAAUGAGCCAGUCUGAUCGUGUUUGCUCUGUACAGUAUGGCUGACAGGCCAGUAGAACGGAGGCUACACAGGAAGUGAUGUCAUGACCUCGGCUCUCUGUUAAUGGCUGAGAAACCGUGAAUUAAGCUGUGGUGGUCAUGUGUCAGCCUGUCGGAGAUAUUUAAAGAGACGGUGCGUUGAACUUCAGCUGGAGAACGCGUUAGCAUGCUAACAGCUAUUAGCACCCCAUGCUAACUGUAUUAUACUGGUAGAAUUUCUACGAAUGGACGGGAACGCCUCAUUAACACGGGAAAUGAUCAGUCAGACCACACACACACACACACACACACACACACAUCCUUGUACUUCUAUCUUUGUGAGGACCGACAUAAUGCAUUCCCUCACCUUCAAACAGGCCUCUGAAGUUGUGAGGACCGGACUAAAUGUCCCCACUCUGUAGCAAGUACAACUACACACACACACACACACACAACAAAAUGAGGAUUUCUGGGUAACGAAGUCCUCAGCUCUCUGAGUGUUCAGUCAGUUUCCUCGGCAGCUUUAAUGUCUGUAAGUUUUCAGUUGAAGAAGUUCCAACAUGGCCGACCUGAAGUUUUAAACUCUGCUGUUUACAUCUCUUCGGUUUUAUUCUAAUGUUGUAGUGUUCAGAGCGUCACGUGCUCCUGGGACUGUGCACCUGAAACAAUCUAACGCUGCAUGAAGAGCUGAGUUACUAAAUGUGAAGCAGCGUUUUGGGGAAAAAAGGAUCCAUUCAGGUGUUUUUUCAUGUUUUUUAUUAGUAUUUUAUCUACAGAUCCUGUUUAUUGUCCUGCUGCUUCAGGUCAUGUGUUCAGUUUAACCAGCUGUAGGUCGAUUCAAAGCAGGAAGGAAGGAAAUCGAUGUGGAACGGGAUGACAGACGUACACUGCAUGGCCAAAAGUAUGUGGACAUUGACUGUUUCUCUUCCUGAGUCAUUUUACAAACACGUCAGACUCUUAUUUUGCACAGCGUGGAUGAAGCUCCGCGAGGAAGACUUCUGCUUCAUGUUUUCCUUUUAGACAUUUUCCUGAGAAUGUUUUAGUUUUUAUAUAUAAAGAGUUUCUGUGCAGAA